UUUUUUCGUUCACAUCCCUUGUUGGUAAAUGUCACGGUUGAGUUGCAUGCAGUUCGGAGAAGUGUUUUUCCCGAAUAGUCUCUUCAUUAAAAACCCGCAACUUCAAUUGAAGCACUGUUUUACAACUAUUUCCCAAACUACUAUAUUGUUACUUAGUGAUCGGGAAUAAUUUUAUCGGUGCUUGGAAUCGGUUGAAACUUUCUUGUAUGGUAUGCGAGGCAUUCGUAUCUGACGCACACAAGAUUCUUGUAAACACUUGGGCGUGACUGUGUUCGAAUUUUACUUAUAAAAAGCCUCUGUCUCUUGAUGUAUGCUAUUUCUGAUAUUUAUGCAGUAUGACGGAAUACAAACUUGUCGUCGUCGGUGCUGGUGGUGUCGGUAAAAGUGCCUUAACCAUUCAAUUAAUCCAAAAUCAUUUUGUGGAUGAAUAUGAUCCCACAAUUGAGGACUCUUAUAGGAAACAAGUUGUCAUAGACGGUGAAACAUGUCUGCUUGACAUUUUAGACACAGCUGGACAAGAGGAAUACAGUGCUAUGAGAGACCAAUACAUGAGGACUGGUGAAGGAUUUCUACUCGUCUUUGCAGUGAACAAUGCCAAGUCAUUUGAGGAUAUUAGUAAUUACCGGGAACAAAUCAAAAGAGUAAAAGAUGCGGAAGAAGUCCCCAUGGUUUUGGUAGGAAAUAAAUGUGACUUACCAACACGAGCAGUAGAUUCUCCAGUCGCUUUAAAAGUAGCGGAACAGUAUGGUGUCCCCUUCAUCGAGACGUCUGCAAAGACAAGGCAAGGUGUGGAUGAAGCGUUUUACACACUGGUCAGAGAAAUUAGGAAAGAUAAAGAGCAACGAGGCCGAGGUAAGGGGAAAAGUUUUGGAAAAGGGAGAAGAAAGUGUUACUUGUUUUGAAAGCUGGGAUAUCUCAAAUCAAAUAGAAUGUGUAAUUUUAAGGUCCACCUAUCGUUUUUUUUAUCCCUAGCAUGUAAUGUACUCGCUCCAAAAUGUUCUUUCCCAAACUUCGCUCUUUCAAGAUUUCUGCGCAUUUGAAUCACAUUUUUCAACACAGAGUAAAAUGACAUAGAAUCAUAGACUGACUUUGAAUCAAAGGAUUGUUUUGCAGAAUUCAACUUUAGCUUAUGGAACAGCAAUGCUUGUUUGCAAUUUCUUAUCUUUUCGUUUUUUAAGUUGUUAGUUAUUUAUUUUUGGUACCAAACGGGCUGUGAAAUAUAGCACUAGCGCUCAGAGAAGAACGAAAGAUCCGGAAAUGCCUAUAAUCUAUCUUUCUGCCCCUCUGUAUUUGUGAUGUAUUGUGAAUGAUACCAUAUUUUCAGUAUUUUUGUACAUUUUAAACGGAUACCAGUGAUUGCAGUAAUUUAGUUUUAGAAUACCUAACGUUAAAUUACUAUGUUCAAAAACCACAGACAAAAAUUUAAAAAGAUCAGAUGGUUAAUAUUUUAAUCCAAAAAUGGACUAAACAAGCGCUCAUAUUAUCAACUAGUUUGAUACAGUGAUCGGAAGCCUUCUACAGUCAGCAGUGAAUGUUUUCAAACCGUUUUGCUUGUAGAUUUCCCUACUUAAUGAACUUCCUUGAAACUGAUGGUGAAAUAAUGUUGAGUUGUCACAUAUGUGGAACCCUUUUAUCAACCACCCUGAAUAAAUUUAAAGUAAGAUCAAGGAUAAGUUUUGCUUACUUGAGGCACUAACGCACAAGUUAUGCUUGAAGAGAAGAUUUGAGAGUCCUCAAGUAGGUAUAAAGUUCUUGUAAAUAAUUUGCACCCCAUUUAUUCGGAAAUGAAUCCUGUGAACAAUGUUGGGGUGCGCGGUAUAUCUCAUUGCAGCCUCAAAUGACAGUCUAGGCAUAGCCAGUAACGUCAACAUGAGGGUGAGGGUGGAACCUGACGUUUUAAUAUCUGAUUAUGUACAUCUAACUCAUCAUUACCUUCAGGACUUUCUCAUUUCUCUUUGACAACUUUUCAUGUGAGCAUUUAAGGGAUCGUCUAGGAACUUGCCAUCUUCCGCACCAUUGGGUCGAAGCCUCAUUUUUGAACAUUUUGGCAAUCAUGUCCAUACACUUUUUUUCCCCACUGCUUAACUUGACGUCAUUUUCAAGGAAUCUGUAUAGCUUAGUCGCAUGCCAAAUUUUGACCUGCAAAGUCAAGUGCAAUUUUUUCGUGCAAGGCUAUGGUCUUUAUUUAAUAUGAGUAUUUAUUUAAAUGUUCCCCAUGAAGAAGUGUAAGCAUUAUAGAUGCUAUUAGUGCCACGUCACAGAUAAAUGAUAUGUAUCGAUUUAUUCUAUAUAUUUUUUUUUAUUUUUUAUAUUCAGCAUUGAAAGAGGUUCUGUCAUUGUUAUUGUUUGGAUCCAAUUCGAUAUAAUAGAGAAUUUCUAUGGCAACGUCACCACUAAUAGCGUCUAUAAAAUUGUAGAGGGAAUAAAGAAAGUACGUAGAGGUACAACAAAGAUACAUUUUGACAUAAUGAUUGAUGCCUCAGAUGUUUGCUAGGCCUUCCUUUCCUCUAUUCCUAAGUUACAAAUAGCUCCUGUAAUGGAAUAUCAUUAAGGUGGAACAAAGUGAAAUAGAGAGAGUUGCAGAAAUCUAAACGUAACGCAGAAAUAAGAGUUAGAGGUGGUAGAAAAAUAUCUGCUCCCAUUGUAUCAACCUUCAAUUCCAAAUUAAAACAUGGAUCAUUUUGAUUCUCCAGUAUUGCUUUUUCUGUGUUGCCAAGGUUGUCAAUAUUCACCCAUGACAAAGCGUUUCCUCAGGCAAUGUUUCUGUAGUAUCUACCGAGGAUAAAUUUUAUGCAACAUAUUUUCAGACUCGACAGAAGGUUAGUGGAAUUGCAAACUAUGGCAAGUCCUCGGAUAAGAAGGAAAAAAAACAGCAUUCAGUUGAAAAAUAAAAUUGGAUUGCUAUAACACCAAGGAUUAACAGUUUUCAGAGGAUUCCAAAAGAAAUUUCUAAAAGAGAUUUAUGUACUGUUAAAUGCUGCAGUGGUUUAUAAUGGGAAUCAUUGGUACUUUUAAAAAUGAAAAAAUGUUUUUCAAUGCAAUGGAAAUUUUUUAAAUUUUUGGCAGUUUAAUUCGAUAUUUCUCUAUUAAGUUCUAAGAAAUGAUGAAAUUGAAAUUGCUGUGGAUGAAACUGCAUUUUUUCUACCAUUGAGUCGAUAACUCAAUUAUCUGUGUGCCAAAAAAGAUGGAAUAGCACAUUGCAUAUUCUUAUUGGCUGCAAUCUAGUAACUUUAAGUAUUCUCGCAAUUACUUUGUCCUUUCUCUUUUGUAUUCACCAAUCCCUCUACUUGAACUGAGAAUGAAAUUUCCCUAGUUCCCUUGAGAAUUUCCCCCAAUUAUCACUGUAUAUUAGUAUAUUCCUUAUCUAUCUUUUUCAGUUCCAAACUGCGAAGUCUCCUGUGUCUUCAUGAUUUUAUUUUUUUCUUCAUGCCUAAUUCCAAACUGCCAAUCAUUAGCUCGAAUUUUGAUUGCUCUUGUAUUUUAAAUUAUUCCUCUCAUGAAGUUUAAUUUUAAUUUUUUUAGCUAUCUUAAUUUCAUCAUAUUUUGAAGUGAGCUGUAAAAUAAUUAGUACCACUUCAGCCUUCUUAUCUUAAUACUUCUUUCUUCGCAUUGCACUCUUUUGAGUCAUACAGAUGUGGAUAGGCCUGCUCUUAUAGUCUUCGCAUGUAGUUGGUAGUCCCUGCAAUUGUCAAAAAUCAAGAUCAAUGAUGGGUGCUGAAUUUCUUUUUCUUUCUUUUCUUUCUCAAUUUUUUUUAUUAUUUAUUUAUUUUUUUUUUUUUUAAAAAAAAAAUUGAUAAGAUAUUAAGACUGUCCCCCAUUAGAGUUAAGUUCUUGUGAUCUUAUCACUAUGCAUUGUUAAAAAGUUCUCUAAAAUGAAGUGUGAAAUAAAGGUAGCCUUUUUUCACAUAUUUCAUGCCUUAAUUUUUAGAGAUUUUGAGCUGCUUCUUGAUUAUAUUCAUGACUUAUGCUUCGUAUUAUUCAAAGAAAAAGAAAAAUGAAGAAAAAAUCUGCCUUUAAUUUUGUAUAAAUUUCAAGUGCUUUAAAAUUGUUUUGAAAAGUGUGAUUGCUAACUUUCUUCUUAUUAGAUGUGAGGAGAAUGAUUUUCUUUUCUUUUCUUUUUUUUUUUUGAACGGAGGAAACAAAUGUCUUGAUUUUCAUGCAUUCUAAAAUGUGUAACUUGUUUGACUGGAUUCAAAAAGUACAGAAGAUUUUGAAUUGAGUUCAAUAAAAUUUAACAUUAUUAUCUUUCUAUCACUCAAAUGUAGUUCGAGGAAUAUAUAGCGUUGAUGAAAAAUUGAGAAGGAUCAUUGGUCAGUAUCAGAAAAAUGAAGAACUAAAAAUUUGUCUUGAAUUCUCAUGGAUAGAGACUGACCAAACCAGGACUUUCCUAUACUUUGUUCUCAUCAUAACCUUCACCUGAAAAAAGUUGGAAAAUUUUGAGUUCCCCUUGUUUCCAUUAAAGUUUUAAUUUUUAUUUUCAGUUUAAAACCAAACCCAAAUCUUCCCUUUUCUGAAAAAAUAAAUUGAUACAUUCAAGAGUUUUAAAUAAAGCCCUAUUAAACAUUUGAUGAUGAAGUAUUCUAUUGGUUCUAUAACAAAAGAUAAGUGUUAAACAUUUUGAUGUUUUCCAAAAUGAGAAGAUCAAUUAGUUUGUGCCAGCUUUUACUUUUGGUCCGCUUUUUCAACUGACUAUAAGCUCUUAGAAAUGAGGUAAAAAUCAUGUACCUCAAGGAAAAUGUGCUCGGGUUUGAUACUUACCAAUACCUACUUACAAUCCAUCUUUUUAUCAGUGGAAAACCGGGAAGAGGCAUGCUUUGUUUGUGGCGUUUCAACAUUUUUAUCCCUGCUAUGUAUUAACUAUGGAAAACCAACCAUACUGUUUGUGUGAAAUUCUCUAAAGAUACCUAUUCUUUGAAUGACAAGAACAUCGUCAAAAAUGCUUUAAUGAACCAAUGAUCUCUUGUGAAAAUGAAACUUAUACAAUAGGAAAUGUACAACAUUGUAAGUUGAGAUGUAUGUCCCUCUCGUUUCACCAUCAUUAUUUCACAACUUCCAAGUCUAACGUCAAUGAGCUCAGUAUCAAGCUAAAAAUAUUAUUUGUAGGCACAUUACUAAUUUCUGAUGGAUUGCUGUUAUAAUGUUUCCAAUGUUGGAUUGGUAGUGAAUUUCACAGUGUGAUGUUCGUUGAUAUCCAUUUUCGGUUCAGGUUCAGGUUUAUGCUAAAACCUGUUACUGUACGAUCAUUACACUUCCAUCAUCUUCUGUAUACAUAUUGAUUUCAUUUCUCGUUUUGUUGAUUUCCGUGUGUUGAAUCAUGUUUUUGAAUUUGUAACAACGCACAGGUGAUAAAUACCAAACGCACGAAGAAAGGCAAAAGUCUGUGACAUUAUUUUUAAAUUCAGAAAAAUGAACUAUUUUUAUAGAGAGUUUUCAAAAUGUUGAGUCGAUGAUUUAAUUUAUCGCUGGCUAUUUUGCCCGUGCUUGCUUGAAAUUUCCUCUAAUGCUCAAUCUACCUACUUAAUCUUGAAAAGCAAUGGAACAUAGAGGAAGAAUGCUUGUUUGUUCAAUAAAUAAUUAAAAAUUCUUCUACUAUGAGUUGGAAUUGGUAUAUUGAACGAGUAUGUUAAUUAGGUAUUUCUCUGCUUAUGCCUCACUCUGCCUUUCUCUCUCUUCAUACUGAAGCAGUUAAAUUUAAGACCCAUUACGCAAUAUAAAUCUAAAUUUUAUGGUGCUUACUAAGUUCACUAAUUAUUUAUUGAACUCAAGUCAACUGAAACAAACCUUUUUUUUCCUCCUGAGACUUUGCAUGUACUUUGAAAAAUCUUAAUAAGUCAGCUUUUGUUCUCAAUCUUAUUUCAUACGCACUAAUGAUUUGUAAACAUAAAAAAAUAAGAAUAGCAAUUUUUUUAAGUUUCCAUUGAAUUGUUCCCUCAGCUUUCUAGGCUCAUGUGUGUUGUAUAUGAUUCCAAACUGUGAAAAUUGGAUAUGUUUGUAAUUUAGCACCCUGGAUAACUUGAUGAUAUGUUUUGGGAAGGGUGAGAGACCAGGUAACCUGGAGGUCCACUUUUUGUCAACAUUUUUCUGUCCCUUCAUGUGACGUAUAUUUUUGUCUUCAAAGCAAAUAGAGGCUCUCCAUUUGUACUUUUUGUGCUCAGUCACAAAGCUGCAAACUUUCACAAGAAUUGAGAAUGUGCCAACAUUCGGCAUGGUUGACUUAGAUGUCCGCUCAGAUAGCUUUUAUGUCCAAGACCUGGUACUUGACUGCUCAGGUGUAAGUGCUAGGUGUGAACAAUUUUUUUGAAUUGAUGGACCGUAUUUGCAAACUUACAAAAGGAGAAAAUGUUUUUGAUGUGUUGAGAACUAAACUGUUUCUUCGAUGAGCCUAGGCACUGUAAUAUAACUAAAUUUUUACGGUCCAUUUUUUAAUUUGUCAAAAAAGUGCAAGUGAUAAGUUGUAACGUUCAGAUUUUUUUUCCUCCAAAAGUAAUACCCCAUAAAACAAUAUCCACAUAUAUCAUUUCCGUAUCAUUAACAUGUUCAGUAGAAUAGUGAAAUGUACAUAUUUAAAAACACAAUAAAUAUACUUUUUAUUAUUUUAAAA